AACAAAUAAACAAUCUUUCAGAUAUCCAUUGGAUUUUCAUUCCUCAAGAACAUUCAUAUUCUCUAGGUUAUUCCACGAGGAGAAACUUUAGCUGUGCAACUCGCUUUCUACACAAUGCUUUCACUAGUGAUAUUUGCUGAGUUACUUUGCGAGUACACCACUGCUCUCACCAAAAUAGCUGCCGGAAUCAUUCCUCGACGUUCCAAUGAUCGCCGGAGAGAUAUCCGCAUCGGCUGUCUCUCCUUGCCUCGUCCUUCCUCGUCACCUGUUCCGGACUUCUCCACACAUCUCGUUGACUUUUGAGUUCUAAUUCGUUAAGAUUGUAGCAGCCACGUUAGAGAUUUUUUCGUGUCACAAGACUCACAACACUCUGUUAUUCUUCUAUCUUUGCAUAACUUGUAAUCUCUUAAUGAGCAAAU